AUCUGUAGAGGGAAUGCAAGCCGGUGUUUCAUUUCGUUGUUUAUUUAUUUCAAUCAAAAACGUUUGUUUUAACAGUGUAAUAUAAUGCGAAGCAAUAAUGUCCGAAUUAUCACAAUAUAAAAAAGUAUUUCCCAUCGAUAGUAUACAAAAAGUAUACGAAUUGUUUGAAGAACAACUACGCAGUGACAAUGAACCUGAUUUGGCUCUAUUUUCUAUCAUCGUCGGUGCAGUCGAGAAUAACUUAACUAAUGUUAAGAACUGCGAUAAAGAUGUAAACAUAAUUAACGUGUUGACAAAUAAGCUUGCCAAGAUUAAAUUUCCAUGCGUAGAAUGGGAGGAAGUGAAGGAUCUGCACGAGCGGUUCGUGUCUUUGAUGCGCAGCGGCGUGGACGCGAAGCUGCUGGCCGGCGAGUAUGCGACCCGCGAGCUGGUGAAGCGGGUAGCCGAUGUGGUGUGGAACUCGCUGACGCGCAGCUACUACAAGGACCGCGCGCACUUACAGUCCAUCUACAGCUUUCUCACUGGAAACAAGCUUGACUGCUUCGGCGUGGCUUUUGCCGUCACCGCGGGAUGCCAAGUGCUUGGCAAGAGGGAUGUGCACCUUGCGCUGUCUGAGGAUCAUGCUUGGGUAGUGUUUGGGAAAGACGGGACUGAAACAGCAGAGGUGACAUGGCAUGGAAAAGGCAAUGAAGACAAGAGAGGCCGGUCCGUAGAGGAUGGAAUGCUGGCCCGUUCCUGGCUGUAUGUAGCGGGCAAGCCUGUGGUGUGCACCCGGCUGAUGGAGCUGGCGGCACUGGUGUCUUCCAUCAACAUCACUCUCACCCCGACUAUUGAUGUUCAUGAAGUGGCACAAAUGCAGCACAGGCUACUUUGGCUUCUAUAUGAGAAUGGAUGCCUAGACAUGUACCCAAUGGCGCUGGGUAACCUUGGUGACUUAGACGAGUACAUGAAAUUAUCAAACUGCUCCGAUCAGUCAGAAAACACGCUGCCCGAAGACACCUCCAAAAGUGCCUCUAGACCGGAUUCAGCUGCCUUAUACACCCAAGCAAUCCGUUCCUCAAGAACACACUAUGAGGACCGGCAUGUGUACCCGUACACGUUUCAGGGAGGGUAUUACCAUCGGCAUAAGAUGUACAAGGAAGCGUUUCAUGCUUGGGCGUGUGCGGGUGACGUCAUUCGACAUUACAACUAUUCUCGGGACGAUGAAGAAAUCUACAAGGAAUUUUCGGAAAUCGCCAACGAGCUAAUACCCCAGUUAAUGAAGGUUGAGAGCUCUGGACAUUCGGCGCGGUCGAUUCUUAAAGAUCCAGAAUGUUUCGCUUCCCUUUUAAGAUUUUACGAUGGAAUAUGUAAAUGGGAAGAGGGUAGCCAGACGCCCAUCCUGCACAUAGGCUGGGCUAAGCCGCUAGUCAGCACUAUAUCCAAAUUCGACGCCGAAGUUCGAGCGCAGGUCCACAUCAUAUGCAGCCUCGACGACUCCGAGAAAUCCGAGUCCGAAAGCAAAGAGGAGGAGAACAAAUGGAAUAACAAUUCAGAAAGCGGGGAGCUAUCCGUCCGGGAGCAGCUCACCGCGGCCGUCAACAGUCGACCACGAGUUACCCUACACAGUCACAAGAUGGCGGCACUACAGCCGUUGUUACUAGCGGAACGUUUGAAUACGCAUGCGUUGCAGCUGCAGUUAACGGCGCAGAGUCAGUUGCAGCGGCCGCAGGCGCCCGCUAAGCGACGCGACGAUGACGACGCUAAUACUAGUCGCGCUAAGCGCGCCAGGCGCGAGCGCUGAGCGACUACCUCGUUCAUGUACAUAUUUAGUGCAUAAUUAUUUUCCUUCGUAUUUUCACCGAAACGUACGAACGUGUUUUGCUAUUUCAGUCAGUCUCGGUACAUAGAGUACUGAAGGUGGCUGAAGUAGCAUGACAAAUACGAACGUUUCCGAGAAAAUACGAUGGAAAACAAUUAUGCACUACAUCUGUAAGUUACAUAAAGCCUUGGUUUCUGCUUGAUGCCGUAUCGUAUGUUAAACUGUUAGUUUUUAAACUGAGCUCGUUUCGAGAAACCGUUACCUAAAAUUCAAACAGUUCAUGCGCCUUACAGUCAUUUCUCUCCUGGAUACGUUUCGUUUGACGUUGGUGGCUGACGGUGUGUUAUGACGCCGCGGAACUUUCCACAUGUUGUCACCGUAAAGACGGCCGUCUUUUUGCGUCCGCUACAUGACGGCACCGCUUUCCUAGGAUACCAGAACUUUAGCGCGUGCCGACCACAAGUUACAUCUGAUUCAUGAUGGUUAAUCUACUGGCAAAAGCCAUAGAGCCGAUAAUUAAAACAUUGAACCGGUUUGCGGUUUCGAAUAUGACAGUGGAUAGAAUCUCGAGCCGAGCUUAUAGUUUUAAUAAUAAGAGUUAUACCCCACGGUGUACCCCUUACAUUUCAUUAAAGUGUCAAAAAGGGCCUCUACGUGUUGGCUUCGGCUCCGCGCACGCCUCCCAAAGGUCCGGAACACCAUUGUUCCGUGAUAGGAAAGAGUUAUACCACACUGUUAACUGACAAUUGGUAAACGUUAUUGAAAAGACGGUUCACCUAAGAUUAGUUAAGAGGGGGCGUAAGGGGCAUGGCACACUGCGUCCGAUUCGCACGUCGCUCCGACGCGCGAGCGGGACGUCGCUAUAAUACGCGCAUAUCAUUGUCUCGCUCAAACUUCGAAGCGAUGUGCGAAUCGGAAGUAGUGUGCCAUGCCCUUAAAGCUAGGAAACUAGAAGGAAACAGAAGAUAUGGCACGCCGCGCUAAACAUGCAACUGAAGAUAUAGCGUCAACCGAGACGAAUGCCUUCUACACGCUAUGUCAGCUACGUGGGAGCGUUUCUUUUCUCGUUAUCUGUGAAAAUAAAUAACCAGGUUGCAUUUUUUACAUUCAUUCCUACUGUUCUAUUGCGUAUCCACUUGGUCGGGUCUGGUAAAAACGAAGUAAAAGGCUAAAGCCUCGUCUCCAUAUCGCGGGGUUUAAGUGUGUUCGGGUAGUUCCGAAAAUAGACAUCAAUAUGAUGAAAUUGUGAGUGAUUUUUGGAAUUAUCUGACAUUUACACUACCAGGCGGUCUAGCAUAAAUUGCGUUCUCACGCGCGAGUCCAUACUCGUACCACAGAAUAAAUAAUAGUACUAGGUACAGAAGACUCACUCUCUAACAAAACGCGUCUGUUACGAUCAGGCGGCUUAGCACGGUCGCGUUUUUAUCCCUUGUCACCAUGCCUGUCACGUUCUAACAAGUAUGUAAGUGCGAAAGGGACGCGCAUAGUGAUAGUCGAUAAAAAUGGAACCGUGCUGAGUCCGCAGGACAGAUAAGGCCGCUAGGU